CUUCUAUCUUUCUUUUGCAUACCACCAUCCACGCUAUCAGCGACAUAGACCGAGAAAGCAAUGAUGAGGCCAUGGAUUCUGUUCGGCAUCCUCCUGGCCUCACUAGGAUGCCAGCUCGUCGGCCUAGUCAUGUUUGCCAAGGGCUUCUUCCCAUACAAGGCCAUAUCAACGACCUUUGCCUCACUGGAUCAGUUGCCGCCACUACCUUCGAUUCCAGCAUCGGAUCAAAUUCUAGAGGGGCGCGAUGAACAUAAAUUGCCCUUAGUAGGGACUGUUGCGCCGCGGUUCAGCAAAGUAGUCGUGAUGCUUGUGGAUGCCCUCAGAAGCGAUUUCUUGUUCGGAAAUGAGUCUGAGUUCAAGUUCAUGCAGAGUCUGAUAGACAGCCAUAAGGCCAUACCCUUCACAGCACUCGCCUCUGCUCCGACAGUGACGCUUCCGCGACUCAAGGCCCUCACAACUGGAACGGUACCUGGAUUCUUGGACGCAAUCCUCAACAUUGCGGAAUCAGACCAAUCAUCGACACUGGCGAACCAGGACAACUGGGUAGCACAAUUGGCGAGAGCUCCCUCGAUUAGAUCCAACGCGAUGCAGGAGACGAAAAGUGCGGCAAAUGCAAUAGAGAAUCGGAAGAUUGGUUUCUUUGGUGAUGAUACAUGGAUCAAGCUGUUUCCUGGAUUAUUCUCCAGGACAGAUGGUACUUCCUCAUUUUUCGCAAUGGAUACGGUCGAGGUCGAUAACAACGUAACACGCCAUGUUGAACCAGAGCUGGCUAGGGAUGACUGGGAUGCCCUCAUUUUCCACUAUCUGGGGCUCGAUCAUGUUGGACACUCUGGUGGACCCAAGUCUGCAUUAAUGGGGCCCAAGCAGGCAGAGAUGGACAAGAUUGCAGAGACAAUCUAUAAGACGCUAGUCGCAAAGGACUCUGCCCUUCAAGCGUCCGAUCUGCCGACUCUAUUUAUCCUGUGUGGAGAUCAUGGCAUGAAUGAGGUUGGCAACCACGGCGGGUCUUCAAGAAGCGAGAUUUCGACUUCAUUUCUGUUCAUGAGCUCUAGUUUCGAUAAUUCACGGUAUCAAAGUCAAAUUGAUGCCAUGGUCGGGAACUACCGUUUUACAGAAGAUCGGGAAGAGUACCAGCACUACAGAAGCGUGAACCAGGUGGAUUUGGUGCCUACACUAUCACUUCUUCUGGGGCUUCCUAUACCCAAGAACAAUGUCGGGCGAUUUAUCCCGGAAGUUCUUUUGGACUACGAAGAGGCUGAAAUCCUACGGGCGUACCAGCUGAAUGCUCAUCAGGUCGCUGGUGUCCUCAAGAAUAUGUGGCCUGAUUUUGAGACAGAGAGCUCCGUUUUGCUCAAAGAUUUCAAAAAUCCGGAUAUUGAGGAGGAAACUUCAGAGGAAUUUAAGCGUGAUGCCCAGAGAUGCAAGAAUGAAGGUGUCCAGAAGCAGCGGCUCGUAUGCUGGUAUACUUUAGCUUUGGCUGGGCACGCCUCAGUUCUGGAGAGGAUGAGGGCUAUGGAUCGAGGCGUGCCCAAUCUUGAAGCAGAAACCCACAGGAUAGGAUGGGAGGCCAAGAAGACUUAUGACCAGUUUCUCGACGAGGCCAGCUCGAUGCUUUCUACGGCACUCAGCAAAUACGAUAUGCCUCUGCUGACAAACGGAUCACUGAUGAUGGCGUUUGCUGUGGGAGGAUUAAUCUUUUGCGCCAUGCAGACCAGCCUUCCGCGGGAUGUCAUGGCCUCAUGCGUCGAACCUCGCCAGUCAGCUUACUUGUUCGGAAAAGGGCCUUCCUUGUCGCGUCAAAAGGGUACGCCUGGCCGCUCAACAUCAGGAUCUCUUACUUCCAUAUUCGGGGAACGCAUACCAAAGACAAAGAGGAGCCGGAAGAGAGACAGGAAUGAAAUCAACUGGAUCAUAGCCAGAAUUCUGUCAGCUGUGAUAUUGAUCCUCUACUUGGUGACCCUGUUCGCAUCAAGUUUUGUGGAGGAAGAGCAUCAGUUCUGGUACUUUUUCAACAUGACCUGGUGGGCUGUCCUUGCAUUCACCAGCGGACGCUAUUUGGCCAGUAGCAACAGCAGCGCAAGGCCUCCCUCGGAAAAGCACAGCAAGGAUGAGACGCGUCACGAGAAGCGCCUAUCGUCGUCUGCGACCGCUGCGGUGUACUGUUUGUUGCAGAUGGUUAUCCUCCGAGUACUCAGAGGCUGGAACCAGACAGGCCAGAAAUAUGCGGACCAGAUUGAUUUGCGGCAUUACUUGAACGCGACAUGGGUGGGUGUCUCUUGGAUUCUGUUUUGGAUCACAAUGGCAAUAGUUGUUGCCACCAUGGUCUUCUUUACUACUUCCUUCCAUUCGCCAUUCAGCGGCGGACAUCGAUAUCAUCGGAAUCAACAGCCAGCCUGGAAAUCGGGACUGAUAAGUGUCCUUCAAGCUUUGCUGACGACCUCGAUUGUACUGGCGGCUCUUUGGAUCACGGUCUAUAAGAUGGAUGUGGAGUCCGCGUACUUUGGUGACGAGGUCAUGCGUCGGGUUCACGCAUUCACUGGCACUUUAUCUUCUGUGGGCUAUCCCGCGGUGGCGGCUGCAGAGGCAUCAUCGACUCAGGAGGUGGGGAUGUCAGGAUAUGCAAUGGCUAGAGGAUGCUAUGCCACGUUGGGCGCAAUCGCUGUUAUGUCCUAUGGCUUGAAGGCUCUGUCAUCUUCAGGAUCAGCAUCCUCAGCAUCAGACACCGUUCGAUCAGGACCAGAAUCGAUGGAGCCUAUUACAGAGAUGUACACGGGAACGCUUUUUGUACCGUCCAUGUUGCUCGGUACUGCAACCUUGCUGCUCAUUCUCCUCUCCAGGCGACAUAAUGCCCCGCUGUUUGUAUUCUUUGGGAUGCAGCUAUACCUGUAUCUUAAAUGGAUCAGCCUGAUUCGGCAACGCGAUCUCGAUUCCGAAGAACAGGACGGCGCCGAAUACGACGACAGUAUUACAUAUAUUGAUGAAGAUGUGCAGGCUGACGAAAUAUCCUCAGACUCGGCCAUCGACAAGGCGCACUUGAAUACGAUGGAGACAAGGAAUACCGGGGUAUCAUCGCGAUCAUUGAGGUCUCUUCCUGGCCAGAACUCGAUCCACAGCUGCUCUAUCCUCCUCUGGACGCUAUCAUCGUUCUUUCUGUUUGGAAAUUCAAACUCGAUUGCCUCGAUUGAUAUUUCGAACGCAUAUGUCGGCAUCCAAGCGUACGACAUUGGAUUGACAGGUGUUCUCACGUUUGUCUCGAACUGGGCAGGGCCAAUCUGGUGGUGCCUCGCUGCCGCAGUCGUCAUGAAGUGGGACCUGGAAAUAGAGUUGGUCUGUGCUAAGCAGGACAGGCAGAUCGUGUUAAAGGAAGAGGAAGAACAAUCAUGGAGAACUGUGAGCCGGUGGAGACGGGAGGAUAAGGGGACAUGGAACAAGAAGACCAAGAGACGGAUACAACUGUACAAACGCGCUCUCGCUAAGAGUCAGGAGGACUCCACAAAGGAAGGAGAGACUGUCGGGAAAGAAGCGAGCAUGUCUCCGGAGCCAAAUGCACACCCACUUAACCUAGAGAGCACUGAACAACACGCCCAGGAUUUCGCCACAAACCAGGAUGAGCCAGCGAAUUUGGAAGAUGAAGACACCUUCUAUGUGUAUGAGGAACAGGACACAUCUGCUGCUGUUAUUGAGGACUCUGUUUCGCCUUUGCCGCAUUCGAGUGUUCCAUGCAUUCUCACAGAUCCGCCUGGAUACAGACGACAUCUGAUGCAAACAAGGAUCCUUGACCAUCUGAUUUUCAGCAGCCUGUUCUUUGGGAUUGCACUCUACGCGCUCUCGAUCGCGGCCAUUGUCCUGCGACACCAUUUGUUCAUCUGGACGGUGUUUUCCCCGAAAGUGCUCUACCAGUUUGCAUGGACGGUGCUGUUCCAGCUCGUGGUCCAGGUCCUGGCGGUCGGAUGCGGUGUCUGGUCAAUCGUCAUGGUGCUGUGACCCGCUUUUGUUCAUCAUAGAAAUAGGCAGUAAUGCAUAAUAAGCACAGCAAUAUAGCCAGGCACAUGGAGAGCAUUACUUAUCUUGUCGAUCAAAUAUUUAUGUACACAUGCAUGCAUGCAUGCAGGACGUUAAACCAUGGAUAUUGGUAGACCAGGGUAUAAAGAACUGAGAACGGUUAGGAUAAGGUAAUGAAUGAAGUGAAGGCGGUCGAUAAAAAAAA